AUGGCCACUCCUAGGCUUCCUUUCUUAUAUCCAAACUGGAUACGUGCCGUUCGUUCAUGCCAGCCAACCACAUACCGCUCUUUUCGACCCCUCGCCCCGCGCCAGAGAUUCCAUACUAGCUGCCGCCGCAACCAGCAGUCCUACCAUCGCCGCUAUGGACCGGCCGUUGAACCAAGUAUCCCUCCUCCGACACGACCCGGAGAAGCACCAGUAGAGCAGGUUGGGGAGGAUGUACCUGUUAUCCCUGAUGUGACAGACCAACCCGAAGAGGGGGCUUCGGCUUCACCGCCAGAGCAGGCGGAGUCGCAAGCGCAGGCGCAAGAGCCACAGCCACAGCCAGAUGUUCAAGAAGACACUGUCGCGGAUGAUGCUGCUGCCUCCCUUUCAGAACAAGCCGCCGCUGAAUCUACGAAGACUAGUCAUGCCACAUUGGAGCCGGAAUUGCCAGAGGAGGAGACUGAUCGUGCAGAGGCCUCCGCUGCAUCUUCCAUGUCAUCGGCAAAGGACGUCGGAGAGGAGAUGUCACAAAUACCUCCAUACAUGAACCAGAGCGCCUUUGAAGAAGUUUUUCACAUGCCAUCUCCUUCGAAUUACCUCGCCCCAACGGGGCCCUUUGAGUCGGAAAGCAAAGCGCCACAUCUGUCUCCUGCCCCGUAUGUGCACCAUUUCGACACUUACUCGCUGGUUCUCGAUCUUUCAAAGGGUGGAUACACCAACGAGCAGUCCAUUACGAUUAUGAAAGCUGUACGAACUAUUCUGCAGGGUAACCUCGACUACGCCAAGCGAAGCCUGACUUCCAAGUCGGAUGUCGAAAACGAGUCAUACCUGUUCCAGGCUGCUUGCUCAGAGCUCCAGCAGUCAUUGCAAAGUGCACGUAACUCUGAGGUGCAGAGGCAGCGUGCUUCACGGACGCAGUUGGAGCAUGAAACAGACAUCUUGUCUCAACGUCUCAACCAAGAGCUUGCUGGAAUGAAGGAUGAAAUCAAGGGCAUGUUCAACGACCAUAAGAUGUCCACGCGAGAGCAACAGCGAACAAUCGACACUUCAGUUCAGGAAUUGAACUACAAGAUCACAGUGUCACUCAACAGUGACGGCAAGAGCGAGAUUGAGAGCCUGCGGUGGAUCUUGACCAGACGGGCUGCUUUGACCCUCGCCACUUGUGCUCUCAUGAUAAUACUCUUCCUCAAAUACUCCUCCACCCGCAAGGUCCCUGACCCUCCCAAGGUCGAGACGGUCGAGAAGCCUGUCGACAAACAAGUCACCAAGGAGACUCACGUCGUCCACGACAUCGGAAGCCAGACGGAGAUCUCACCUGCAGCCCACCUCGGUGAAUCCCUCGGCUGA